AUGUUGCUGCUAGUCCUGUUGCUGGCGCAGUCCGCGCACGCGCAGUACGAGCCGAAGAAAGAUGAUGGCGUCGACGUGCUGACCACGCCCAUGCACGGCGAGGCUUGUGGAUACGCGAGCUGCCUGCCCAUCCAGCCAGGUUGGCUAAACGUGCACAUCGUGCCUCAAACACACAGCGAGCUGGGACACGGAUACAAUUUUCAUCAACAUUUCACGGGAGAGGAUCCACCCUUUCCGAAGAACAGCAUAAACAUGAAGAGGAUCCUGGAUUCCAUACUCACAGAAUUAUGGAACAAUGUUCAUCGCAGGUUCACACUGUCGGACACGGCAUAUCUUUUCCAUUGGUGGAAAAAUCGACAUCCGGCAGUCCAUCGUAUGAUGUACCAGCUAGUCCGUCAAGGCCGCCUGACUAUAGUGGGCGGUGGUCUUGGUGUCACCGAUGAAGCCUCCACCAACUACCACGCCAUCAUCGACCAGUUCAGCUACUCACUCAGGAAACUGAACGCUACGUUCCGGGCAUGUGCGCGCCCUCUAGUGGCGUGGGCGGCAGACGUGUAUGGACAUUCAAGGGAGUUCACCUCUCUGAUGGCGCAGAUGGGAUACGACGCAUUAUUCAUAAACCCAAUCAGCUACGACGAGGAAGUAGCGCGCAUGCGUCGCAAAUCACUAGAGUUCCUGUGGCGCGGCAGCGACGACCUUGGUCCGUCGACAGACAUGUUCACCCAUAACUUAUUCGACGGAUACUGGGCGCCCCCUGGCUUCUGCUUCAGCAAGCUGUGUUCCGACCCAUUGCUGGUCACCUCGAGCCAGCUGUUUUCUGACGUACAGGAUCGGGUAGACAAGUUCAUCGAAGGCGUGCUGUACCGCCAAGCGCCGAACUUCGAAACGCGGAACGUGAUGGUCAUCAUGGGGCAUCGAAAGGCCUACGCAGAUGCUCACGUCUGGUUCGAUAACAUCGAGAAACUAAUCGGGUACGUAUCUCGUCAAGUUCCUAGAUUUUCUAUUAACCACGGCUCGCUAAGGAAGCCUUUAAACGCCAUUUUUUAUUUAAAAGAUUUUUUUUUUCCCAGUUACACGAAUUGGAGGGCAGCCCAGAAACAACUAAACGUAACUCUGUUCUUCUCGAACCCGCCGUGCUACCUGGCCGCUGUUCACGACGAGAACCCGGAGUUGGAGACGAAACAGGACGAUUUCUUCCCGUACGUGCACGACAAGGACAGCUAUACGGUUGGCAUGUACUCUUCCAGGCCUACAUUUAAGUACCUCAUCAGAGAAGCACAUGUCUACCUGCAGAUAGCGAAGCAAAUGCAAAUUACUGCCAACAUGGGGCCGUAUACAAAGAUGUUCGAAGACUUCAACUGGGUCAUGGGGGUGGUCCAAGACCACAGCGUGGCGUCCGGGGUACUGCGGGACCGGGUGAAGCAAUACUACACGAGCAAAAUCGACGCGGCCGUCACCAAAUCUACGGAUUUUAUUUCUAAAGCUUUUACUAAGCUACGCUCGAGUCCUAAGCAUGUGACGUACUACCGAUGCCAGUUUAACAUAUCUUCGUGUUAUGGGUCCCGCUUCAUCAAGUAUAGCGUGAGUAUUUCAACAUAUCUUCAUGUUACGGUUCCCGCUUCAUCAAGUAUAGGGUGUAUAGGAAACUUGAACUUACGGGGGGUUGCGUAUCUUUUUAUCUGUAAAAACCGAAAACGGAGACGCACCCGCUCCUUCGACGUAGGGCAGUAUGCAUCGCCCCGUUAUAGGCGGUGCUGCCGCUGGUCGGGUUUAAAGACGUUAGUAGGGGCGACUUCAUCCCCUAAUACCCGUCUCGGUCCCCCUGGGGCGAGUUAUGUAAACACAUUUCCACAGCGUAGAAAAAUGAUAACAAGACCCGGUUUUCAUAGUGUAGAUUUAGUGAUAAAUGUGAUAAUGUUAAGUUCUGACUUGCAGAUCCAAGUGUACAACCCACUGGGCUGGCCCGUGACCACGCCUGUGCGGCUUCCCGUCUAUCCAACUAACAGCGUGUUUAAGGUCUACGGCAAUGAAGGCGAAGAAGUCAAAUCAGCGACAAUAAGAUUGCCAGACACAAUAUUAAGAAUUAAAGGGCGCCCAAGCGCAGACUACGAAGUGGUUUUCAUAGCGGCCAAUAUUCCACCGGUGGGAUUCCGGUCCUAUUAUAUAGAAGCACAGUUCUUUAAAGGUAAAAUGUUAAUUGAAAGAGGGGGUGAAAGAAGCGAAGAUUAUGAAGAUGAUACACAAGAGAAAACAAUGCCAUUUACUUGGAAAGAUAGUAAACAACAAUCUAGACCAAGGAAAUAUAAACAUGAAAUGAAAGUAUUGGGUUUAACAGCCAAUAAACGAGAGAAGAAAAUGAUUGCACCUAAAGCACAUAAUACCCAGAAUAUUACUAAACAUGCGAACGGAUUACAAAUGGUAGCUACAGAGGUAUUAAAAGAUACUGCUAAUAAUUACAUGAAGGAUAGGAUUCAUGUUGAAGACGUAGAUAAUUAUCAAAUAGAAAGUACUACAGGAGGAGAAAUUAUGCUUCCAAUGCUAAAGGAAUUUACUACCGAAGCGGGAGUUAUGCUUCCCAUGCUAAGAGACUUUUUACAAAAAUCGAAAGUUCUUAAUAAAUUAGAGUUCGUCGACACUGAAAAAGAACUAUUAUCAUCGCAUGAGUUAGAACAUGAACCUGUUACAGAGACUGAAUUUGAGACUACAAAUACAACUGAAGCAGAUAUAAAAAUCCCUUUUAGGAAAAACAUCACGAGAUUCAGUGACAUACAAGACAUAAUGGUAGAACCGGAUAUAAAAGUACCUAUUAUUCGCCCAACAAAAGGACCAACUAAAAAAAUACCACAUCGAAUAAAACCAGAAGAGCCUUAUUUUAGACCGUUUACGACAACUGCGGAACCAGAUAUAAGAGUAUUUACGCCGACCAGAGACAGAUCAGAUAUAAAGAUAUUAGUAAAUACAGAUAUAAAAGUACCAGUUAACAAAUCCACAGUUAAAACUAAGGCCAGGAAAUUUUCAGAAUCAGUAGAAUUUGAAGCAGGUAGAACAGAAUCAUUAGCGAUAGUGCCCGUUCAAACGACUUCAACAACAUCUGCAGUGUAUGUAGCGGAAUGGUCUAGCACAACUGAAUCAGUAUUAGUAGUACCAGUUAGGAAAAUGUGGGAACAAGUUACAGUUGAACCAAAGUUAAAACUCGAAAUGGAACGUCAAGAUGCUGAAACAAAAAAUAAUGAAGAAAUUCUAGAAUAUACAACUGAAUCUGUAAAUCUGCCAGUCAAUGAAGCACAGUUAGAAAAAAAAGUACAAAAUGUAAUACCACAGGCUUUUAACGUAGAAGCGAGUAGAAAUGCCGAUUUAGUUGAUACUGACCCGAUAGUAGACACAGGGGCCCAGAACGAAGACAUUGAGCAAAUUGAAAAUUCAGAAAGGUUUAGAACAUAUUCAUUAACCACUGAAGAGGUAGAAACUUUCGUACCAUACUUACAAACUACAGAAGAAAUUGAGCGAGUUCCAAAUGAAGAAAAUGUUGAAUCAACCACUGGCGUAGAAUCUACUACAACUCAGAGUACCGAUUACAUUUACAUAUCUAGUUCCACUGACAAUAUUAGAUCUACUGAAGCAUAUGACACUAAAAUAUUGUCUGUGUCUCCACUUCCAAUGGCAACUGGAACUACAAAUUUUGCUGUACCUACCGAUAUUGCUGAUCCUAAUGAAAAGUAUUUCAAAGUCGAUGAUGGAAGCCGAUUGUUCAUUGGAAACAAGUACGUACGCGUCAACCUCGACAAAAGACGCCGUGUCUCCAGUAUCUUCCUCCGAAACGGAGUGCGCAUUAACCUUGAAAUCCUCAUGUUCCACUACGUGUCCGACGACCCCGCGAAGUUUGACAUCAGGACAGUACCAAGAAGAGACAUUAAACCACCUGGAGCGUACAUCUUCAGGCCUAUUGACCCAUACAUUAUUAGGUCGGAGGACAAAUACGAUGUCGACAUUAUAAAGACAGACAUAGUUGAGGAAAUGCAUAUAACUUUUAGCAAUUGGACGUCUUUGCAGCUGCGGUUGUAUGUGGAUAGCCCGGUUAUUGAACUUCACUGGUUGGUCGGCCCAAUCCCGACAGACGAUGGACUGGGAAAGGAGGUGUUCAUCCGAUACAAAACCGACUUGGACCACGACGGUGCCUUUUACACGGACUCCAGCGGACGACAGACCAUCAAGCGUAUCAGAGGAAGGAGGGCCACGUAUGAGCCUGUAGAUUUGGACCCUAUCACAGGCAACCUGUACCCCGUGACGUCGAAGAUCUACAUCGAAGACCAGAGGAAAAACAUCCGUUUCUCAGUCUUCAACGAUCGAUGUCAAGCCGGCGGCGCUUUGAUAGAUGGCGCCAUUGAUCUCAUGCUACAUCGAAGGAUUCUUACCGAUGAUAUAGGCUUUGGAGCGUUUUUGAACGAGACAGAAAACAACGAACCAAUCAGAGCAGCCGGAACCCACUAUCUCUACCUCUCGAAGGCGCACAGAAACAAAAUUUUCGAAAAGAAAUUCGCUAAAGAAAUAGCCUUGGCUCCCCGCGUUUUAACUUCUAGCCAUCGAAUGUACACAGACGAUAUGAGAAAACAGUUUUACGAUAGCAAAAAUGAAUUUAGCGCUCUUAAAGACAAAUUACCUCUUGGCGUGCAUCUUUUAACUCUAGAAAGAAUAACACCAGAAGAAAUGUUAGUACGACUUGAAAAUUACUUGGAAAAAGUAGACGCGACCAGCGAUGGAGUUCGAUAUGUGCGUUUAAGGGAUUUGUUUAGAGAUAUAAAGGUAGUGUGGUUGAAAGAAACUUUGUUAGCUGGUAAUAUGUACAAGGAUCAUUGGAAUCCGACGCAAUGGAGAAAGAAGAAUUCGUUUUAUAGAAGAUUUAAUGAUUAUUAUGGUAGUAGUAAUGAUACAUUUGAAGAAGAACACUUGGAAAUAGGUGACGAGUUGGGUGGGAGAGGGGUUAGGUUAGCUCCGCAGCAGAUCAGAACGUUUAUUGUUAAAUAUAAAUAUAAUAAAAUAUAAGAUUUAAAACGGCUUUUUUUAUUUUUUGUACUAUUGCCAGUAGGGAGACACUGUAGCGUUCGGGCGUUCUCGGCUACGUUCGGCUCAGCAUUGCUACGAACAAUUACUACGGUUGACAGAACUUGAGGUUCCUUUGCGUGCACA